AUGAGUCCAACCUACAGCGUGCACGACGGUUUGGUAAAGAGAAAUGUCUCAGACGCCUGGCAGGACGAGUUUCGGGCCGCCGUCGAGGCGGCGGGGGACUCGGUCGCACGAGCGUGCCCGUCUCUGGUGUCGCUCCUCGCGCGCGGUUCCGUCGCCAACGGCACCGCGGCGGCGGGAAUAUCCGAUCUUGACUUGUUUGGAUACGCGAUUGUGGACACGGACGGCCUCGACGACGAGGCCGCCGCGCGCACCGCCCGCGCUGUCGGCGAGGUCCUCACGCGACGCUGCGCGUCCGCAGCCGAAGCAGCGCUGUCGAGCGCCGUGGACGGCUCCUCGCGGGCGCUGACAAAGACCGAGCUGUUGAUCUUUGCCGUUCCGUCCACGUCGCGCACCGGAGCGGCGCUCAGGGCUCUGCGGCGGGGAGACGCGAUCACGGACGCACAGCGGGGGGAUCUGAUCGAACUGCCGAUGGCGUUCGAGCUCGCGACGCAGGCCAAAGUGGUUGCAGGAGUGGACCUUGGUCCACACAUGCCGGCCAAGGCACGCGCCGUGCCGCCGCCUGGCGAUCUGCACGCUCUCGCGGACGACGUCAGGGCUGCUCUCGACGCAGGCCACGAGGACGCGAUGUGCGGGCGCAAUGAGAGCGCGUGCCGCGCGCACAAGUGGGCUUUGAAGCGGGUCCUGCGUUGGUGGGGCCGCCGCGCCUGCUCCGAAGCGAGUCGCGCGGGCAAGGCAGCGCACUUCGCACGGGACCUCUUCCACUGCGCUCGCCUCGCGUCCGCGGCGUACCCCGCCCUCGAACGCACCCUGUGCGCGUGCCUGCUGUCGUACGUGGCCCUGCCGACGGAAGCGGCCGUUCCGCCCGACCCAGUCAUCAGGGACUUUGCUGCCGCACGCAGGGCGUGUCUCUCCGCGCUGUCGCACGCGGAACAGACCUCCGAUCGGCACUCGCCGGCCCACGCGACCAUCCCGUCGGGCAGCGCACGCACAGAGCACAUCGUGCUGCCGCCCCGGACGCUGUCAUCGCGGCUCCGGGCAGCGCACUUCGCGCUCACCACGAAGCUACGGGCGCAGGACGCCGAGUUCGGCGCGGGGUGGCGCGUGCACCCUCUUCAACCCGUACGCACCAACAUCUCAGGAAGUGUCGAGGAGAUCGCUUGGGGCGACGAGGCGUCGAUGGAGCGCGUGCGCGCCGCGAUCGCAACCUCGGACCCAGCCGACGGUGGGCGCGUGGACCCGCUGCACCCCGCCGCUGCUCCCGUGAUCCUGCGGGCGGCUGCGGCGUCGUGGCGGUGCGUGCACGCGUGGACCGAGGGCGGGCUGCUGGGCGUUUUUGGCGGCAAAAGCGCCGCUGCACGGGUCUCCCCUGGGCCGACCUUCAGGUUCAGCGAGCCCGCACUGGUCGCGAGGCUCAAACAUUUGUCGCGGGUGACGGAGGCGCCAUCGCUCGAGACGCGACUCCCGUUCACGGAGGCUAUGCUGCGUGUGGCUGCGGCGCCCUCGCCGGGACUCCCCCCCGUGGCUUACGGCGACGAAGAAUGCUGCUACGUGCAGGCAGUGCUCCCCGACCGCGCCCUCGCGGACAUCGACCUGGCCGCCGAGCCGUUCGCGACGCUGUCGGGCGGCACAAGCUGCGGCGUGCAGCAGCGCGUCUCGCAGGCGCCGCGGCUGUGGAUGAGCGGGGCUGGCACGGUGACGUCGCUGCACUACGACCGGUCCUUCUCGGCGCUCGUGCAGGUCCGCGGAACGAAGCGGCUGCUGUUUUUCCCCCCGCAAGCACUGGCAGACCUUGAACCGUACCCAGACGACCACAUACAGCGGCGGCGGUGCCGGUACGACCCCACGGAGACGUCCAAGGCGGCGGGGAGGGAUGUUGGGUGCUGGGAGGCGGUGCUCGGUCCUGGAGACGUCGUGAUGUUCGGUCCAUACUGGGCGCACUACACCGAGAGCGUGACGGCGAGCAUGAGCGUGACGUGCCGCUUCGACGGGCUGCCGAGGUGA